AUGGGGUUGUUGGGGAUUGUUACCAAUAACUCUUGUACAGCUGCUGGUUCCUCAUCGUUGGCAGAUAGCACAGAAGUUUUAGACCCAAAGGCUGAUCUGAGCAAUCUAGACAGCAUGUUGUAUCUAUUGAAAGAUGAGAUCAGUUCCACAAGGAAGAGGAGGAGAUAUCCAAGACAUGCAGCUGAUGAUGACUACAACAUUGAAGUGCUUCUUGGAGUUGAUGAUUCAGUUGUACAGUUCCAUGGGAAGGAACAUGUUCAGAAGUAUCUUCUGACCCUGAUGAACAUUGUUAAUGAAAUCUAUCAUGAUGAGUCCUUAGGUGCCCAUAUUAAUGUUGUCUUGGUAAGAAUCAUCUUGCUGAGCCAUGGGAAAUCCAUGAGUUUAAUUGAGAUUGGCAACCCCUCUCAAAGUUUAGAGAAUGUGUGUCGUUGGGCCUACCUACAACAAAAACCUGAUACUGCACAUGCAGAGUAUCAUGAUCAUGCAAUUUUUCUCACAAGACAGGACUUUGGGCCUUCUGGAAUGCAAGGCUAUGCUCCAGUUACUGGCAUGUGUCAUCCAGUUCGAAGCUGCACGCUUAAUCAUGAAGAUGGCUUCUCCUCAGCAUUUGUUGUAGCCCAUGAAACUGGACAUGUAUUAGGCAUGGAACAUGAUGGGCAAGGGAACAGAUGUGGGGAUGAAGUUCGGAUGGGAAGUAUAAUGGCGCCGCUGGUCCAGGCUGCAUUCCAUCGCUUCCACUGGUCUCGCUGCAGCCAACAGGAGCUGAACCGAUACCUGCAUUCCUACGAUUGUUUGCGCGAUGAUCCCUUUGACCAUGACUGGCCCUCCCUUCCUCAGCUGCCAGGACUCCACUACUCCAUGAACGAGCAGUGCCGCUUUGAUUUUGGUUUGGGCUACAUGAUGUGCACAGCUUUCCGCACCUUUGAUCCUUGCAAACAGCUGUGGUGCAGUCAUCCUGAUAACCCCUAUUUCUGCAAAACAAAGAAAGGACCUCCAUUGGACGGAACGAUGUGUGCUCCUGGAAAG